CGUCAAUCACGUAGAGUGUUUGCACACUGAUAACAGCGCGGGUUGUCACUGUUUAUGUCAGUUUGUUUUCCUGACAAAGGCCUUCAACUCUUCAGUAGCAUCAUGGGCUGUCCUGUUGUCAUGGAAAUCACGCUGUGUGUUGUUUUUGUAAUGUUAGCCUCUGUUGACAGCUGUGGUGGGAGCCUGAGCUUUGCCUCCUACUAUGGAGACCACAUGGUGUUGCAGAAGUCUCCAGAGAGAGCUGUGCUGUGGGGAUACGGCCCUGAGGGUGGACAUGUGAGCGUCUCCUUGUCAGGACCAAUAACACAGGAAACAUCACCGGUCACUGUGACAGAAGGUAUCUGGAGAGUCUCACUUGAUCCUGUGGAGGCUGGCGGCCCCUACAGGGUGACAGUAGCCACUCAGAACAGCACGGCCACACUCACUGGCGUGCUGUUUGGAGAUGUUUGGCUGUGUGGUGGGCAAAGCAACAUGUACUUUAAAACAUCUCAGAUUUUCAAUGCAUCAGAGGAGUUGGCCCUGGCAGCAAAAUAUCCUCAUGUGAGAACUUUUAUGGCAGCGUUGAACUACAGUGACACUGAGUUGACUGAUCUGACUCAAGUGGAACUUCCUUGGACUGUGCCUACAGCAAGGAACCUGUCUGAGUUUUCUGCAGUGUGCUGGCUCUUUGGACGAUACAUGUAUGACAUUCUGAAGUAUCCCAUCGGACUGGUGGAGUCCUGUUGGGGAGGCACACCUGUGGAAGCAUGGUCAUCUUCCAGAGCACUGCAGCAGUGUGGACUGCAGCAAACUACAGACAGUCCUAAAGACAGAAAUUCUGUCUUGUGGAACGCUAUGAUCCACCCACUGCUCAACAUGACCAUCAAAGGAGCCAUCUGGUACCAAGGUGAGGAGAAUGCAGAUUAUCAUCAGGAUAAGUAUAAUUGUUCCUUCCCUGCUAUGAUUGAUGACUGGAGGAUGGCAUUUCACCAGGGCUCAGGGAAACAGACUGAAAUUGAUUUUCCCUUUGGGUUUGUUCAGCUGUCCACCAACAAAAAAAACUCCACAGAUGAUGGUUUUUCCAACAUCCGCUGGCACCAGACAGCAGAUGUGGGCUUUGUCCCAAACCCAAAGAUGCCACGUACCUUCAUGGCUGUGGCUGUGGAUUUACCUGACGAAACAUCACCGUAUGGAACAAUUCAUCCACGGGACAAACAGGAUGUCGCAUACAGACUGACACUGGGAGCACGGGCAGUGGCUUAUAAUGAAAAGGACGUGCACUUCCUCGGACCUUUCCCCAACCAAGUCAGGUCCUUGCCCAUGCAUGUCAAUGUUACCUACGACCAGGCCGUCUCUGUCACACCGUCUAAGGACGCCUUCGAGAUCUGUUGUUCUGGGAAUCAAGACUGCUCGCCUCAGUCCCUCUGGGUUCCAGCUCCCAUCAUGCAGUGGGGUUCAACCACUGUGCAGUUAUCUACCCUUUAUUGUCUGCCCACUGAAGUCGUCACUGCUCUUCGAUAUGCAUGGAGAGACUGGCCGUGUGACUUUAAAGCUUGUCCAAUCUACAGUGCCAGUCGGAUUUUACCAGCACCUCCCUUUAUUGUUAACCUUUACUCAUCAGAAGGAAACAUUUAGAAGUUAGCUGUUGAGAAGCAGAUGUGAAUGUGAUAAAUUUCUGAACGGUAUAUCUAUGGUGUUUAGAUUGGUGUAUAUAUCAUUUGUUAUCUGUCUAUACAACCACUGCAGAUAAUUGCUGGACGCUAUGAAUGUUGGAAAAAGUGAAACGUUCAUGAGACAGAUUCAAAUAAGCUCUUUUUGACUAAUCUGCACAAAUAAAUGACAAAAAAAUCAUCUCA